GAGGACAGGGAAGGUGACAGGAGCCAGAGGGAAAUGGUCAGCCAUGGCAGGGGAUGGACGUGGAUGACAUCAUACCACCACAACCAUCAUUCAACCCCGCUCGCGCUCCAGGGCCCCAGGUCGUGGGGGGGGUGCAAUACACCAUACUGCAACUCUUCAUGCUCUUCAUGACAAGAAACACCCUACAGACAAUAGUAAAUCACUCUAACAUAUAUGGACAAAGGAACCACCCUCAUAGAUGGCAUCAGAUGUCCCUGGAGGAUCUGCUUUCAUAUAUUGGUAUGGUGAUUUACAUGGGCCUAGUUGGGGCCAAGUCUGUAAGGGACUACUGGGCGAAGAACGAACUUUACAAUUUCCCCUUCCCCACAUCUAUGUUGUCCGGGAGAAGAUUUGCAGCUGUCUCCAGCAUGCUGCAUAUUAGCCACCCAGACAGUGAUGCAGAGAAUGACAGGAGGAGGGGAACACAGGCCUACGAUCGUCUGUGCAAGAUCCGCCCUCUCUAUGACGAGAUUAGGACUGCGUGUAAAGCUCACUACCAUCCCCAACAACACAUUGCAGUGGAUGAAAGGAUGGUGAAAUCAAAAGCCCGCUCCAUCCUCCGCCAGUAUAUGAAAGACAAGCCCACUAAGUGGGGGUAUAAACUUUUUGUGCUGGCAGAUUCAUCAAACGGAUACACAUGGGACUUUUUUGUAUAUGAGGGGAGAAACAUGGCACUUCAAAAGGGGCUCAGCUAUGAUUCAGUCAUGAAUCUCGUGGACACGCGUGUGCUUGGCCAGGGCUAUAAGCUCUAUGUGGACAACUUCUAUACUAGCCCUACCCUGUUCAAGGACCUCCUGGCCGAGAAGGUAUGGGCUUGUGGAACAAUUAGAGAACAGCGAAUAGGCUACCCGAGAAGACGUCCAGGAGCUCUCACCUCUCAGUCACCACGUGGUACCAUCCGCUGGAUAAGAGAUGAUCCCGUUCUUUUUGUCCAGUGGAAGGACACGAGGGACGUCCGCUUGUGCUCCACAAUGCACACAGCCCACAACCCACAGACCACCGUUCAGAGGAGGGUCAGAGGGACAGAUGGCCGGUGGCAGCUGAAGUCCAUCCCUGCCCCACCAGCUGUCACUGAUUAUAACAAACAUAUGGGGGGAGUGGACCUCUCUGAUGCCAUGAUCGGGUUUUACAACACCGUUCACAAGACCAGGAAGUGGCACAGGACGUUCUUCUAUCACUUUCUGGACAUUGCCAUCGUGAACGCCUUUGUACUUCAUUCCUGUAUGGCAGCAGAGAGGCAUGAGACCCCCCUUACACAGAAGGCGUUCCGGGAGGCCCUGGUGUUGGAGCUGAAGGCAGCGGGGUCACCUUCAACUGGCCCUCCUCCAUCACCUGCUCCAGCUCCCCAAGGUGCACAUCACAAACUGAGGCACUACACGGAAGAUGGCACAGCAGGGAGGCGGAGGUGUGUGAACUGUUCCCUGAAGAGCACCACAGAGUGCACUUCAUGCCAGGUAGUGCUGUGCUUUACGGUGAAGAGGGACUGCUACAAUGAGUGGCAUACAAAGAACAAUUUGUAGGACUCCCCCCUCCCCCUCACUUCUCUUUCUCUCACUCACACACACACACACACACACACACACACACACACACACACACACACACACACACACACACACACACACACACACACACACAAAGGGAAGAAAGAAUGAUGCUGGACUUCCGGACUGGAUUUCAUUUUCACACUUUUCAUUGCCACAUGGCAUGGUUUGCACCACACACACACACACACACACACACACACACACACACACACACACACACACACACACACACACACACACACACACACACCACACACACACACACACACACACACACACACACACACACACACACACACACACACACUGUAUUAUACACUGUAUUAGUUUUGUAUUAUUAGUUAUAUUGAUAUUGUUAUGUUAUGUUCUUGUUUGUAUAUAGUUGAUUUUUUAAUUAUUUUAAAUAUUUUGCCUUUCUUAUUUCUACUAUUUUAUUAAAUACUUGUUCAUACUUCAAUUGUUUUAGCCUUUCUUUCAUCAAUACCCCAUAGACGUAAUAAGAAAAAAUGAUAUUUUUGAGUUUAUGCUUAUGCCAAUCAAAUCCAAAAUGUCUAGCACCCAAUCCAAGUCCAUGAUUGGAAGCCCCAAGAUGUUAGCUUUCAAUAGAAACCAGAACUGUGUUUCUAGCAUGUGGCAUUCUGAAGUUACAGGCUUUUGAUUCUGGUGUCCUUCUUACCUAUCCAAAAAGGUUCUUGGGCAUCACCAAAAGGUACCCAACAAAAGCGCAUGGGUAUACCAAGAGAAAAAAACCCAUAAAAUAUUCAUAGUUUGGUAUUUUUCUUCCAUUUCUUUUGCUGUUGGAAGCAGACACUUGUGUCUUUGGUCUCAAUGUAUCAUUACAGAGCUGACAGGUUGCUGGAGCUGUCAAUCUCAGUCAUUUUCAAGAAAAGAUGCUAUACGGGAACAAAAAAACUAUAUUUUUAUUCCAUUCAAACAACUGUAUUUCUCUGAUAGAACAUCAUAAAAUCAUACUGACACUUUAGGCAUAAACCUGAGAGUGUUACCUUUACAAUGGGUACAUGCACAUGCAUGUAUCUACAACCAUGUGGGAUCUGUGCUACUUUCAAAUUGGGUAUGCCAAUUUCGCAAAUGAAGUCUGAAAAAGGGGGUGC